AUGAACAAUGAAACUUUAGAGAGUACCAUACACGUCACGGCGCCUAGUAUCCUCAACAAGCCGUCUCAAACCAUGCCUCAAAGAUCACCUUUCGCUAUACAGGAGCUACUGGGAUUGAGUGAUAGCCACCAUAGGUCACCUACAGCUGCUGUUUCGGCAAUUACUCCGAAUGUAUAUCCGCAAAGACAUUUGCAAGCACCCACUUGCUUCCCUUCCGAUCACGGCUUCAACCAUCACCACAUGACCAUGGCGGCUAGUCGUAUGGCCUAUUUUAACGCACAAGCGGCUGUGGCGGCGGCUUUUUUGCCCCAUAACAUUGCAGCGGCGGCUAGUAUGAAUGCGAAUGGUGCACAUUCGCCAGCUGCUGUUUUGGGUUUAGCUGGACACCAAAGCGGAGGCGCUGGUUUGGCCCAAUUCAAAAACUCUUUUAGUUCCUCAGGUCCUGGUUCAUGUUUAUCAGGGCAAUUAGAUAAUUCCAAAGACUUCUCAUCUGCAGAUGGUCUAGGUGGUUACAAUAAAAAGAAAAAAAAGAAGCGGCGUCAUAGUCGGACGAUUUUUACGAGCUAUCAGCUGGAGGAACUGGAGAAGGCGUUCAAAGAUGCACACUAUCCGGACGUAUACGCUAGAGAGAUGCUCAGUUUAAAGACCGAUUUACCAGAAGAUAGGAUACAGGUAUGGUUUCAAAACCGAAGGGCGAAAUGGAGAAAAACAGAAAAAUGCUGGGGCAGGAGUACAAUAAUGGCCGAAUAUGGACUAUACGGUGCAAUGGUUCGACAUUCCCUUCCUCUACCAGAAACCAUCCUCAAGAGUGCAAAAGAAAACGAAUGUGUCGCCCCCUGGCUGUUAGGAAUGCACAGAAAGUCCCUCGAAGCAGCAGAGCACUUAAAAGACGAUAACAUCAACAGCGAUCACGAAGAAACCACUUCGAUGCGUACCGAAAACAGCGAUACCAGCAUCACCUCUAAUCAACCCCCGGUCUCUCAAUCGAAUCACGUGACUCCAAGCGCUAAUGGAGAAAAAGAAACCCCACCUUCCUAUCCGGACGAUCCCGAAGCAUUCCGAAAUAACUCGAUAGCUUGUUUGCGAGCUAAAGCGCAAGAGCACAGCGCCAAGUUGAUGAAUCACAAUCUAAUGAUGCAGGUCAGACCUGGCCCGACGACGAAUUGUGAUGCGAAUGCUAAUAAUCUACAGGUAGCGAGUCAGGGGGAGACUCAUAACGUUUUCUGA